GGGUCUUACAUGGCAGACGUCACUGGUUGUGUAGGGGAGUAUAGGCUGUGUUGUCAGCCUAGUGUCAGUCUGAUGAAGAUUGGCAUUCAGUCUCCAUGUGAACGGGUCCCAUGAUGCAACAUGUGUCCCCAGCACCAGCACUAACAAUGAUGGCCACACAAAGUGUUCCUCCACCUACGUACCAGGAGAGCCAACAGAUGACGGGAACAACCCAACAGAACUCCAAGGCCCAGCAGGUCCACAUCCCGGCCUCGGCGGCGGCCGCCACCCCCGCCGUGAGCGUGACCCUCGACCCCCAGGCGCAGCUGGAGUCGGACAAACGAGCUGUUUACAGGCACCCCCUGUUCCCACUGCUGGCGUUGCUGUUUGAGAAAUGCGAGCAGGCCACGCAGGGCUCCGAGUGCAUCACCUCGGCCAGCUUCGACGUUGACAUCGAGAACUUCGUACACCAACAGGAGCAGGACCACAAGCCCUUCUUCAGUGAGGACCCCGAGCUGGACAACCUGAUGGUUAAAGCCAUCCAGGUGCUGCGCAUCCACCUGCUGGAGCUGGAGAAGGUGAAUGAGCUGUGCAAGGACUUCUGCAACCGCUACAUCACCUGCCUAAAGACCAAGAUGCACAGCGACAACCUGCUGAGGAACGACCUGGGCGGCCCUUACUCCCCAACACACACCAGUCUGCAGCAGGAGUUGCUGCAGACCUCGUCCCCGUCCCUGACGUCCGUCUCCAGCUCGGUCAACUCCUCAGGCAUCGUCGUGCCAGCUGGCUCUCUUCAGCAGGGCAACGUCACCAUGACCACCAUCAACUCCUCCGUAGUGUCAGGUGGGACCCUGUAUCAGCCUGUUGCCAUGGUGACAUCGCAGGGACAGGUGUUAACCCAGGCGUUGCCCCAGGGAACCAUCCAGAUUCAGAACGCCCAGGUAAAUCUGGACCUGUCCUCCCUCUUGGACGGCGAUGACAAGAAAUCGAAAAACAAGAGGGGGGUCUUACCCAAGCAUGCCACCAACAUCAUGCGCUCUUGGCUGUUCCAGCACCUCAUGCACCCAUACCCAACCGAGGACGAGAAAAGACAGAUUGCGGCCCAAACAAAUCUCACCUUAUUACAAGUUAACAACUGGUUCAUAAAUGCUCGCCGGCGCAUUCUGCAGCCCAUGCUGGACGCCAGCAACCCGGACCCUGCGCCCAAGACCAAGAAGAUGAAGUCCCAGCACCGUCCGACACAGCGCUUCUGGCCCGACUCCAUCGUGGCGGGGGUUCUGCAGACGCACGGACCGCUCGGAGCCAACCGCUCAGACAACUCCAUGGUGAUGGACGGUCUGCAGCCUCUCUCCUCGGACUCAGCCACUCUGGCCAUGCAGCAGGCCAUGCUGGCGGGGACGGACGAGUCAAUGGACGGGACUGAGGAGGAGGAUGAGGAGGACGAGGACGAGGAAGGCAUGGAGGACGAAGAGGAGGAGGAGGAAGAGGAGGAAGAAGAGGAGAGAGACGAGGGAAGGCACAUGGGCGGCGCGGGGAGAAGAGAUCAAGGCCUUGACCAGUCAGACGGCCUGAAGAGCACUAAAGAAGCCCAGCCAUCCAUCACCAUGUCCAUCGCCAACACGGCCGCCCAGGCCAUGCUGUCCGACGCCCUGGUGCGGGAGACGGGCGGUGACAUCCGCCUGCGGCACCUGGACCUGGAGCUGCCGCUCGACCGAUUCAUCAAGUUUGUGUCCGUGGGGCUGCCGCUGCUGCUGGUGUCCAUGGCCUUCGCCAGGGAGAUCUCCAUCGGUCCUCAGAUAAGCUGUUUCCCGCCCAACAACUUCACAGCCAAACAGGCGGCAUACGUGGACACCUACUGCUGGGACUCCCUCAUGCAUCACGAGUUUGACGCGGACGGAAACUUCGAGGAGCGCUCUCUGUGGGUGCAUAAAAUGUUCCCCUACUCCCUGCUCAUUAUGGCCAUGAUGAUGUACCUCCCGGCUCUCAUCUGGCGCUUCCUGGCCAUGCCGAGCCUCGGCUCCGACCUGCUCUUUAUCAUCGACGAGCUGGACAAGUCGUACAACCGCUCCAUCCACAUCGCCCAGAGCAUCGUGGACCUGCGUGAGAAAGCCAGCGAUCCUCUGGAGUUCAAGUCUGAGCUCGAGAGGGCCAAGCAGAAACGCUACUUCGAGUACCCGCUGCUGGAGCGCUACAUGCAGUGCAAGCACAGCUCCUACUUCCUGGUCAGCAUGCUGUUCCUGCGCGGCUUCCUGCUGCUGACCUUCAUGUCGGCCGCCUGCCUCUACCUGGUCUACUUCCACCUGUCGGCCUUCCUGCAGGAUGAGUUCAGCUGCUUCGUGCGCACAGGGCUGCUGCGUGACCAGCCCUGGGUGCCCGAGCUGGUCCAGUGCAAGAUCACGGGCCUGCUAGUCUUCCAGGUGAUCAGCGUGACCAAUGGCGCCAUCUACCUGCUGCUGGCGCCCAUCGUCCUUUUCAGCCUCUUCCGGCUGUUCUGCUGGGACACAGGCUUCCUGUCGCUGUACGAGGUGCUGCCCGCGCUGAGUCUGAUCACGGGACGCAAGCUGGGCUGCCCACUCAACGACCUCAACGUGCUUCUGCUGUUCCUGCGCGCCAACGUGGCGCACCUGCGUUCGUACGGCCGCCUGCGGGCCAUCUGCUCGUUGGCGCCCCCGCAGGUGAGGCCGUCCGGCGGCAGGCCCAUGCUGACGGAGGAGGAGGUGGAGCAACUGACCGAGGCCGCCGAGGAGCUGGAGGAGGCCGACCGCGAGGCCAGGGAGGAGGGCAAGCACAACCUAGUGGACAUCAUGACCAUCUUGGGCCGUGCACGGGGUAAUGUCAUCAAUAACCCAGAGCAUUGCCCUGUGGUGGAGGAAAACAUGACUCUGGACUCACAUCAUAACCACCAGGGCUACCAUGAGUUGAAGGAGACUAGAUAUGCCUAGAGCGUCGGCCAAUGGACUGAGCCAACUGUGCGAGACUUCAGAGGCCCGCAGUGGCUGGCUCGGCGGAGUCUCAGAGAAUAGAUUACCCAGAGAGCGGGCUGACUCUGGGACGGACCCAGACCAG